CCCUAAGAAAUAUAAUACUAUAUUUAUAGUGGAAUGAAAUUAAAAAUGAAAUUACUCAAAUAAAUGUUGAAUCAAAGUUUAAUGAAUUAAGAAGGUCCACUUUUCUCCAUAUCCAAUUGAGUUAGUGAAGAAGAACAAGAUCUGAAGCUAAUUUGACGAUCGUUGAAGCUUUUUGUCAUCUGGGUCAGUUGAUUUACCCUUCAGUUCCAAUAUGGGCAUCUAGAGAUGAUUGUCUUCACGAUUGUAGUUUAUUUGGGACACACUUUUUUCUGGCUGUAGCUUUCCAACAGAAGUUUAGGUGAAUUUGGAACUUUGAUAUGGAUUCGAGCAUUCAGGAAGCCCUUAGAGCGAGAGAUAAUGCUGAAAAGCUUUUUGCAGUGAGCGACUAUGCUGGGGCAAAGAAUUAUGCUCUAGAGGCUCAAAUGUUGUGUCCUGGACUGGAGGGUAUAUCUCAAAUGGUUGCUACCUUUGAAAUUUAUUAUGCUGCUCAGAUGAAAUUUGGUGGAGAGAUUGAUUUCUACUUAAUUCUUGGAUUGGAGCCAUUUUGUGAUAAGUGGACACUGAAAAAACAAUAUAAAAAGAUGGCUGUCUUGCUCCAUCCUGACAAGAACAAAACUGUGGGUGCUGACGGUGCAUUCAAACUUGUUUCCGAAGCAUUUACACUUCUAUCCGAUAAUGCUAAAAGAAGGUCGUAUGAUCAAAGGAGAAAAAAACAGAUUUCAUCUGGGGUCCUCCACACAAAUCUGUCGUCGGUUCAUGCUGCAAGGAAUACGGGUAGUGGGAACUGUUCCAACUCUGUAUCACCUCAUAACAGACUCGAUACCUUUUGGACAGUAUGCACUUCUUGUCAUGUUCAGUAUGAAUAUCUAAGGAAGUACGUGAAUAAGAGACUUUCCUGUAAAAAUUGCCGCGGCGUAUUUAUAGCUGUUGAAACAGGAACGGCACCUGUCGCUGGUUCAUUUCCAUAUAGUCCCUGGCCACAUGCACCUGAUAAGGGUUUUGGAAGUCAUGGAUGUAAUGGGGGUACCUGUAUUCCAGCCAGUUCUGUAUGUUUCACAGGGAGUGGGGUUACAGGACAUCAUUCUGGGCAUAAUUCUGAUUGUGUUUCCAAAACGUCGUUUCAGUGGAGUACAUACCCUGUACCUUCUGCCGGAGUUGUUGAUCAUAAUGGUUUAGCAACUACCGCCGCUAAUGUUGUUAAUCAAACCAAUGGCAAUGUCAGUAGAGCAAAAGUUAAUGGGAAGCAUCAUCAAAAGGAUGCUGUUGUUGAUAUGAAUUUUGGUGGGCCGAAUGGGUACAGUGAGCCUACAGUCACCAAGCUAGGUAGACCUGCUAAAAAGAUGAAGGUUGAGGUGCAGACUGCAACUCGAAAUGGAAAUGAAGAAUUGGCGUCCAAAUCUGAAUUCGAAGUAAAGUCUAGCAAUAUGAAUGGAAAUAUCAAAUGUAAUCCAAGGAUUUCCACCGCAGCUGAACUUGCAACUAAACGUUACUCGCCCGCCCCUGUAUUUGAUGCAAGAAAGUUGUUAAUUGACAAGGCAAGAACUGUAAUACAAAACAAAUUAAAAGAAUUGAAACUAGCUUCAGAUGCUGCCGCACUGGCUAAGAAGAAUGAAAGGGCACUUGCUGAGGUGGGUAUGAUCAAUGAGGGGCCCCUUGAUCAGCAAAAGCUCAAGAAAGCUGUGUCCGUGCCAAUAUCAGUUCCCGACUCUGACUUCCAUGAUUUUGACAAGGAUAGAUCAGAAGAGUGCAUCCAGCCAAAGCAAAUCUGGGCAUUGUAUGAUGAAGAAGAUGGCAUGCCUCGAUUGUACUGUUUAAUCCGCCAAGUCAUAUCGCUGCAACCAUUUAAGGUUCAUAUCAGCUACUUGAGCUCCAAAACUGAUACUGAAUUUGGAUUAGUGAAUUGGCUGGAUUCGGGGUUUACUAAAUCUUGUGGCCAUUUCAGAGCAUUUAACACAGACAUUCUUGAUCAAGUUAAUAUUUUUUCUCAUCUUUUGAGUCGGGAAAAGGCUGGCAGGGGGGGAUGUGUUAGGAUUUAUCCAAGAAGUGGAGACAUAUGGGCAGUGUAUCGGAACUGGUCAACAGACUGGAAUAGCACAACGCCAGACGAAGUAAGACAUAAGUAUGAGAUGGUGGAAGUUCUAGAUGAUUACUCUGAGGAGCUUGGAGUCAGUGUUGCCCCUCUGAUAAAAUUACAUGGUUUUAAAACAGUAUAUCAGAGAAACUCAAAUCGAGAUGCCAUCAAAAGGAUUCCAAGGAGAGAGAUGCUGCGUUUUUCACACCAGGUACCAUUUUGUGUACUAAAAGAAACAGGAACAAAGCUUCCGGAAGGAUGCUAUGAUUUAGAUCCCGCUGCAACUCCGGACGAGCUUCUGCAAGGAGCAACUGAAGUAAAGGCAACAAUGCUCCAUAAGAUGGAAGAUUGUAUGGUGACUCCUAGGGAGCCUUUUCAGCCUGCAAGGGAAUAUCCAGCAGAAGAAAAACAAGCCCUUGAAUCUCCAACUUCUGCGCUCCAAGAUUGUGAGGAAGUGCAAGUAGAGAAGACACCUAUGGAGGUUCUUCAAGAUUUCAGUGAACUUCGAUAUUUUAAUGAAGAUAAGGUGGAAAAGACACCAAUCCAGGUUCUUCAAGAUUUAACUGAAGUGCAAGUAGAAAAGACGCCUAAUGAAGUCCUUCAAGAUUUAAAUGAAGUGAGGGUGGAAAGAACUCCUGCUGAGGUUCUUCAAGAUUUUGAUGAACUGUUCGUGGAAGAGACUCCUGGUGAGGGUCGUCAGCAUUUCAACGAGGCACAGACAGAAAAUACUUCUUCUGUUGAGGUGCUUCAAGAUUUUAAUGCAUUCCAGGUGGAAAAGACACCUAAUGAGGUACUUCAAGAUUUUAAUGAUGUGUGGGUGGACAAGACCCCUUUCGAGGUUCUUCAAGAUUUCAACGACAUGUUUGCAGAAAAUCUUCAUUAUACAGAUAAUGGUAAUACAACAACAAUGGAGCUUUUCAAUCCUUAUACGGAAGUACAACCUGAGCAAAAACAUCAUUUCUGGGGUGAGAGCUGUGCUGCAACUCCAAGUGAGCGUCAUUUAGGAGUAAGCAAAACAGAGGAGGGGAAACCUUAUCAUAUGGAAAGUCGUGCGGCUACUUCUCAAGAGAGCCAACCUGUUACUGAACUACAGUUCAAGUCGUCGUCGAAGCAGAUGUUUCAUGCAAGCAACCUGAGGCUUUUCCAAGAUUAUCCCGAAAUGCAGGAAGAGAAAGCACCCCGUCAAGCAGAAAAAUAAGGUGGAAUAUCGUUCCAACAGUCUUUAGAUUUGCCAUGUAUAGAUCCAAACAUCCAGAGAGAGAGAGAGAGAGAGUUCUAUAGAUUAGUUGAGUGAAGGGAUCAUAAGCUGAUCCGCGACAUCGAUUCGAGAUUCUGUUGUGGGCUCAACUUUGUUGAAAAACUUGUAUAACAGUUUACAGUCUCAUUGACAAGUUGAUUAAAGAAAACAAGAAACCUGUUUAACUCUGGUGGCGCCCGGAGUUGCAAUGGUUGAUUAUAACUUUAUUCUGAUAUUGGUCGAUUAGAAAUUACCAAUGAAAUUAUUAUUAUAUA